AUGGCUUGUGGGCUCUCAUUUGUCAACAUCAUCGUAAUUUUCACAUGCUUCUGUCUGCAACUUUACUUCAUUCUUUUAGCAUUCAGUUUUCUCAAUCCUUUCAAUUUCAUCGAGGCCUCAUUCUACCGCUGCACAAAGAAACUAUUCAGCAUCUAUUCCAAAGAAAUGGCACAAGCACUUGCGAGUGAAAUUGUCAAGAAGUUGGGUUCCACCCUUCUCCAAGAGAUGGGACUUGUGUGGGGGAUGAAGGAUGAACUUGUCAAACUCAGAAACACGGUUUCCACAAUCGGAGCUGUUCUUGCUGAUGCAGAGGAGAAGCAAGACACAAGCAAAGAGGUUGCAGACUGGCUCGAGAAGCUCAACGAUGCAUUUUAUGAUGCUGAUGACGUGCUCGAUGACUUCUCCACCCGUGUUCUCCAACGCCAGGUUAUGACUCGGAACAAAAGGCCAAAGAAGGUACGCAAUUUCUUCUCAAGCUCAAAUCAGCUUAUUUUCAGUAGUAAGUUGGCUCAUGACAUCAAGGCCGUUAGGGAGAGACUAGAUGCAAUUGCAGAAGAUAAGAAAAAGUUUCACCUCACUGAACGACUUCUAAAUCAGCAGCGAAUUGAGAGUAAUAAGAGGGAGGAGACUCACUCUCUUGUUCAUGCAGAAAAUGUUAUUGGGAGGGAUAGUGAUAAAAUGGAAAUCAUACAACUUUUAUUGGAAAGCAACAUUCAAGAUCAAAAUGUGUCAGUUGUUUCAUUAGUUGGAAUUGGGGGACUAGGAAAGACCACACUUGCACAGUUAGUAUACAACGACGAGAGGGUCACUAAACAUUUUGAACUUAAGAUGUGGGUGUGUGUUUCUGACAUUUUUGAUGUGAAACUCAUCACAGAAAAGAUCAUAGAGUCUGCAACAGGCAAAACACCAGAAAACCUUUUGAUGGAUAAAUUGCAAGAAAAGCUUAGUGAAAAAAUUACUGAAAAGAAAUUUUUACUUGUGUUGGAUGAUGUGUGGAAUGAGAAUCGUGACAAAUGGUUAAAAUUGAUAGAUUUGAUGAUGGGUGGUUCAAGAGGAAGUAAAAUUUUACUAACUACACGGGCCGAGUUGGUUGCAAAUGCUUCAGGGACAAAUUCACUAUUUUUUGUAAAAGGCUUGUCUGAGGAGGAGUCAUGGUGUUUAUUUGAGAAAAUGGCAUUUAAACAAGAUAAAAAGUCAGUGAAUACAAUUCAAGUAACAAUCGGCAAGGAAAUUGUCCAGAAGUGUAAGGGAGUCCCUCUUGCCAUAAGGGCUAUCGGAAGCCUACUGUAUACUAGAGAUACAGAUGAUGAGUGGUUGCUUUUUAAAAAGAAUGAUUUGUCAAAAAUAGUUGAAAAAGAUGAUGUUAUUUUUCCAAUACUAAAAUUCAGUUAUGAUUACCUUCCUUCGGAGCUGAAGAGAUGUUUUGCAUUUUGUUCCUUAUAUUUGAAAGAUCAAAAAAUUGAUAAACAAGAGUUAAUCAAAUUGUGGAUUGCAGAGGGAUUCAUUCAGGCUGAAAAUCAAUCGUUGGAGGAUGUUGGUAAUUCAUAUUUUAUGAAUUUACUGAGGAGGUCCCUUUUUCAAGAUGUGGAAAUAGAUAAUUGGGGUGAUAUAAUAAGUUGCAAAAUGCAUGAUUUUGUCCACGACCUUGCACUCUCAGUUGGGAGGUCCAGAUUUUUCACGGUGAAUUCAUAUGUAGAAAAUGUUACGGAAAGAACUCGGCAUGUGUCAGUUGAUUACGGUGUAAAUUCAUCACAAAAAAUUUCAACCCAAUUGGUUAGAGCUAAAAAGUUACGGACAUUAAUUGGGAAUGGUGAAGAAGUUGGAUUUUUUGAUAAAUUAAUUCAUGAAGGGAAUUUUAAAAGGUUUCGUGUAUUGGAUUUGCAUUCGGCAAAUAUUAAGAUUGUGCCGAGUUACAUAAGCAAGAUGAAGCAUUUAAGGUAUCUUGAUCUAGACAGAAAUGCACUUAUCAAGACUUUGCCAAGUUCAAUAACCAUGUUACAAAAUUUGCAAACCUUAAAACUCAAUCGGUGCUGGAGGCUUGAAGAAUUGCCAAGAGAUUUUAAAAGAUUGGUCGGCCUUAGACAUCUUGAGCUUGACGACUGUGUUUCCUUGAGAAACAUGCCGCAUGGAUUGGGUGAGUUGACGUCUCUUAUGACGUUAACAUUGUUUGCAACGGAUUCAAAAAGCCGACUGAGUGAAUUGCAGAGUCUAAGCAAUCUACGGGGAAGGUUAAGAAUUGAACUUCGACGUAGUAGGGAUUCAUCUGGCCACAGGUGGUUACCAAAAGCAACAGCACAGGGAAUAAUUGAGGGGGCAAACUACUUGAGGACCACAAAAUACCUCAAGUCCCUGCGAUUAAAUGAUGGGGAGGAGUUAUUGUUGGAAGCCCUACGUCCACACCCAAAUUUAAAGGAGCUGCAAAUAGGGAAUUAUGGAGGAGUGAGUUACCCAAGUUGGAUGAUGGUUGGCGAAAUUGGCUUAUCCCUUCCAAGUCUAGUCCGAAUUUAUAUGUCCCUCUGUGACCGAUGUAAACAUCUUCCACCAUUUGGGGAACUUCCUUCUCUCCAAUUUCUUAGUGUUGAAUUCAUGGGAUCCUUGGAGUACAUAGACAUAGACAUGCAUACUGGCAAUGACUGCCUCUCUUCAUCAGCAACAUCAACAUCCUUCCCUUCGCUGAAAGAACUCCGACUCUCUAAAUUGGAUAAUUUGAAGGGAUGGUGGAGGAGCGAAGCAGAAGAAGGAGCAGCCCAACAGCAACAACAGCUUCUAUCAUUCCCAAAUCUCGUCACAAUUCAUAUAUCCGAGUGUCCCUCAUGGAAACAUCUUGCACCAUUUGGGCAACUUCCUUCUCUCCAAUUUCUUAUGCUUGAUCGCAUGGAAUCCUUGGAGUACAUAGGUGACGAAGCAACAACAUCCUUCCCAUCUCUCAAAGAACUCGAAUUCAGUUAUUUGCCUAAAUUGAAGGGAUGGCGGAGGAGCGAAGCAACAGCAACCACAACUUGUUCACCAGCCCAACACCAACAUCAUCAUCAGCUAAUUUUAUCGUCAUUUCCUUCUCUUUCCCAAUCAAUCAUCGCUGGGUGCCCCAAUCUGAAAUCGGUGCCUUUUCUGCAACCAUGUCUUGAAACCCUAAAACUCGAUGCGGUCGGCGAGAAGCUAGUGCAACAACUGUUAAUGAUGACGGUGACCCCAACAACACUCGCAACCUCGUCCUCUUCUUCUUCUUCUUCUUCUUCUUCUUCGCUUCUUCCUCUUUCCAAAUUAAAGUGUCUAUCUUUAUCUGACAUUGAUGAUCUGGUUACUCUGCCUAAGGAGUCGUUUCGAAGCCUCACUUCUCUCCAGAAGCUUAAGAUUUAUGGUUGUGAAAAUCUAACCUCUCUGUCAGAAGGACUGCCACAUCUCACCGCCCUCCAUUCCUUGUCUAUCAAGGUCUGCGAAAUGCUUGAUCUGUUAGACAAGGAUGACGGCUUGCAAUUUCAAGGCCUCAAGUACCUGACGGAUCUCAAAAUCCAAACUGUUCCGAAGUUGGUAUCUCUUCCUGCGGGGCUUGAACAUGUUACCACUCUGCAACAACUAUAUAUUGAAUUCUGUGAGAAUUUGACGGUUUUGCCCGAGUGGAUAGGCAACCUCUCAUCACUCCAACAACUUUCCAUUAUUGGCAACCACCCCGAAUUGACAUCGCUGCCAGAUGGAAUACAUCAGCGUGCUGAACGUGGUGCACUACAACUCAUCUUUGAACAAAAGAGUGAACGGUGUGCCAAAAUAUUUCUUGAUAGAUUGCUGAAAAAAAGAGAGCGGAAGAUUGACCAAAGAUUGCUCACAUCCCAAAUGUAUUGAUCUAUUAAACCAGAACAAUGACAUACAAGGCACACAUUUCAUCCGACAAAUUGCAACAACUCAGUAAAUAUCCUCUCUUUUCUUCAUCUGGUGCAAUUUUUCAGCUCGUUGAGCAGUUUGCAAAGUUGAUGGGGUGCCAUGUUGUUGGAAGUGCUAGAACUAAAGAAAAGGCGAGUCUUAUCUCAGUAGCAUUUCAUCUUUUUCACUAGCCAUUUCUUGGUGGAUGCUUUGUUGGAUAUCGUCAAGGUUGAUUUAUUGAAGAACAAGUUUGGUUCGGAUGGGGUUUUCAAUUACAAGGAAGAGGACAACUUGGAUGCUGCUUUGAAAAGUACUGGGGAAAGAUGCUAGAUGCAAUGCGCUUCAACAUGUGAAUUCACGGCCGCAUUUGCUGUGUGUGCGUAAAUGCUCUCCCAAUACAAUCUUGAUAAACCUGAUGGAGUGAAGAACCUGUCGAACCUCAUUUACAUGCGAGUGAGUUGCUUGGGGAGGAUUCGCUGUUUCCUAGCACUAUUCCCUCUAUUCCAAAUUCUUGGAUUUUGUUCUGCCUAUAAGAGAAGUAAAAGUAGUGUAUGUGGAAGACAUUGAUGAGAGUGGCCCUACAUCUCUUGUAGGACCUUUUUAGUGGGCGCAGUGUUCUUUUACAAUUAAUUGUAGUUGCUCAUGAAUGAUUCCACAUUCUGAUUUAACCGGGCUCACGCGUAAAGCCCAGUUGCACUGUGUAAGGCCCAUAAUCUAACCGGGCUCACGCGUGAUGUUGGGCUGGCCCUGUAAGAUAGGGAGUUUGUCGGCUCAUCUACCAAAAUCUGCAAGAGCAAUGCAUGGACUAUUUGUGCUUUUGUUAGUUGAACUGCCGUUAAUAUUUUUUAAAGUAA